AGCAAAUGAAGCGGCACCUCGGUGCUUAGCCCUCCCCCCGCCGGGCGAGAUUCCCCACCCACCCACCAGCUGGGCUUCUCGGAAAGGACUUUGCCAUGCUGCAGAUCCCCGGGGGAGUGUCUUCCGCUGCAGGAAGCGGGGGGUCCUGCUUGGCAGCUCUCCCCCCCCGCCACCAGCAGCCAAAGGCCGGGGUGAGCCCGGCGGACUCGGGGACUUCCAGCCGGAGCAGCCCGCAGAUGCACGCCAUCCCGACCAGCUGCUUCAGCCAGUACCCCCAGCCGGCGGCCGGCGGCGGGGGCCUCUAUGCCACCCCUCAGGGACCGGAGCUCAGAGCCAUCCGCUCUGCUUCUGCGGGAAGGCUGCCGGCCAAAAGGAAGCUUGAUCUGGAAGGGACCGGCCAGCCGGGCAUCCCCGAGUUCCGGACGCCCCAGGGCAAGGACCACGCGGUCAGCCGGAUCGCCAGCCCCAAGACCCCCAAGUCCCCCGGGGAGAAGACGCGGUACGACACCUCUCUGGGGCUCCUGACCAAAAAGUUCAUCCGCCUGCUCAGCGAGUCGGGCGACGGCGUGCUGGACCUGAACCGCGCGGCCGAGGUGCUGGAGGUGCAGAAGCGCCGCAUCUACGACAUCACCAAUGUGCUGGAGGGCAUCCAGCUCAUCCGCAAGAAGUCCAAGAACAACAUCCAGUGGAUGGGCACGGGGCUUUUCGAGGACACCUCUAUGGCGGCGAAGCAGCAGACGAUGCGCCAGGAGCUGGUGGAUCUCUCCAAGUCCGAGAGGACCUUGGACGGGCUCAUCCAGGACUGCACCCUCCAGCUGAAGCACCUGACCGAGGAUGGGACUAACCAGAGGCUGGCGUACGUCACCUACCAGGACAUCCGCGCCAUGAGCAACUUCCGGGAGCAGACGGUGAUCGUGGUCAAGGCGCCUCCGGAGACGAGGCUGGAGGUGCCGGACUGCCACGAGGAGAAUGUGCAGCUGCACCUGCGCAGCGCCAACGGCCCCAUCGAGGUGUACCUGUGCCCCGAGGAGGUGGCCGAGGACAGUCCGGCCAGCGAGAGCCGGCUCCUCGAGCCCUCCCUCCAGGACAGCCGCAGCAGCACUGAGCCCUCUCCAGCCAAAGCGGCGUCCCCGAAGGUGGCCCUGCCCGGCUCCCUGCUGGAGGUGGGGGACGGGCUGCUGGACUCCCCGCACCCCUUGCUGCAGCAGACGGAGGACCAGCUGCCCUCCACCUCCUACCUGGACUCAGUCCCCUUCGUCAGCUUCUCGCCGCCCCUGGACCCGGAGGACUACCUGUGGGGGCUGGAAGGGGGCGAGGGGGUCAGCGACCUCUUCGACACCUACGACUUGGGCGAGCUGCUGCAGAACUGAGCUGGGGCCUCGUCCCUCCUCGGCGUGGUGCUAACGACCUCCCCGGCGCCCGGGGCUUUGCCUUGAUGUGUCUGCCUCCAGCCAGGGGCACCGAGAUCUCAUGUGGGGCAUGGUACACCCCCUCCUGCCCCAGCCCCCGUCCUUGGUCGCAAGGGGGGGGGUGUCCUCACCCCUUGCCCCUGCUGAGGGCAGCACAGACCACAUGUAGCUAAUGGUGCAAUGAAGGACCAAAGAGAUGCUCCCCAGCCCAGCGCUCUACCCCAAUGCACUGCGGGACCUGGAUCGUGUCCAUCCUCCCCAAUGCCUCUGUCUUCUCCCCCAGCUGGGGAGACUGGGACUGGACCGGAAGCCUGCAGGAGACCGGGGCUCUCACGGCAGAGUCUUGUAUGCACUGGGGGGUUGCAGUGCUGCACGGCUUUGCAGCACAGGGAGGUGGGGUAAGUGCCGCUGCUUGAUCCUGCUCAGGUCUGUGGUGGGGGUUGUGGGCACGGCUGGUGGCUUGGUAACAUCCUCGGGACCCUGCAGUUGCUGGUGGGAGCUGGAGCAGCUGCAAGGGACCAGCAGCUUUGCACCAUGG